AUGUAGUUGUUUUCCUUAGCAAUUACUUAGGAUCCUGUUGAUAAAUUAUUUGAGUUUCAGUAACUCAUGAAACAAAAAACUAAAGUUCCAAAAUAAAAUAUCGUUGAAUAUGAUAGUUCAGACAUAUUUAGUGAAGGCUACAUCACAGUAAGUGAGUAAUCAGAAGAUGACGAAUUUUAACAAUAUGAUGAGAUUUCGCAAUACGAUGAGGUGGAUGAAUCUGAUGAUCCAUCAGAUGACGAUGAGGAGAUGAUUAUUCAAUAAUAAUAAUAGAAGGAAUAAUAAAGGAUAGAAUAACAGAAAAUAGAGUAACAAAGAGCCGAAUAAUAAAGGUUGGAAUAAUUGAAAUUGGAAUAGUAAAGAUAAGAAUAGUUGAGAUUAGAAUAAUAAUUGAUGGAGCAACAGAAAUUAGAAAAGUUGAAGCUUGAAUAACAAUAAUAGAUGUUAGAAAAUGAGAAGAAAAAAAAGAAAAUAAUUGAAAUCCCAGAUGAUUGGAGUGAUGCUGAUGAUUAGAUGUAGGUCCCUAAAUAAUAAAAGAAGAAAAAACAAAAGAAAUAAGAUUUAGAAGAUGAAGAACUAUUAGAGGUUUUAAAUUCUGCUAAAAAGACAAAGGUUUAAUCUCUUGGAGAUUUGGAAGAGAUGGAAAAGAAAAUAAUAAAAAAGAAAAAAAAGAGAGAGCCAGUUCAAGAUGAGGAAUUUGUUUAGAAGGUACCAGCUUAGAACUAAACUUUUAUUCAUUUUAAUAAUAAAAAUAAUUAUCUAGAAUUAGCACCUUGUAGCAAUAACCCUAUUUAACAAAGAGCUUGUAGUUUGUGUAAAAGUGAGGUUGGAUAUCAAUUAGAUGAUGAUAAUUGGUAUAUGAUUGGUUUAUAACAUGGUUACAAGAAGGAAUUUCUUUUAUUGAUAGAAAUCACUAAACAGUCCUUUGGAGAUAGUCAGUUGUAUUUGAGUUUCUCAUCCAAUGGAUCUGCAUGUAUGACAAGUGAUACUCUCAAAUAAGAUAUUGACGUUGAAAAUGUUUUAUAAAGGUUUUCAGGUAGAUCGUGGAGACACUUUAUUAAAAAUGAAUUGUUUGCUCUUCCAUAAAAGUUGGAGGGCAGAAGCUUUCAAUUCAAAGCAAUAUAUUAAAACAAACAAUUUACAUUUUCAGAUUUUGAAAUCAAAUUUGCAUCCAAUCUAAUUCAAGAAUUAAAGUCUUUGUCUGAAUAAGAGGUUUCUAUUAGAACCAAUACAGUUGAAUUCAUUGGAGAAUCAUUGUAAUGCACAUUAACAGGAUUGAUGAAAUAACAAAAUGAUGAGUUGCCAUUCUCUUUGAAAUUUAAAAAUGGCGAGAGUACAUCUGAACUUCUAAUCCCAAAUUGCUAGAUUCCCUUACACAAUGAAAUUCUGUAUGGAGUUUCAGAUUUGUAUUUCGGAGAGUACUUUAAGGAGACUUUACAAUAGAAAUUGAAGGGAAACUUUAGGGGAGAUUUUAAUGCCACGACUUCAUUUGAGAAUGGAAAAUUGAAAGUGAGAUUGGCAAUGAAGAAAUUUAAUAAAUGA